UCUUUCUCUUUGGCGCCGGGAAGACCACAGGUAGCCCCGUGGCAGGUGCGAGCCCUGCUUCCCUUUCCUGCGCUGCUGUGUGUCCGGCCAGGUCGCUUCCUAUGACAUUUGGGAUUAAAGUUUGGCUUUCUGAGAGCGGCUGCCACCAUGCCUUUCCACCCAGUCACCGCGGCGUUAAUGUACCGGGGCAUUUAUACCAUCCCCAAUAUCCUUGCAACGGAGCAGCAUCCUGUUGACAUACCUGAAGAUGAACUGGAAGAGAUCCGUGAGGCAUUCAAAGUUUUUGACCGGGACGGCAAUGGUUUCAUCUCCAAGCAGGAACUGGGCACAGCAAUGAGGUCCCUUGGCUACAUGCCCAAUGAGGUGGAACUGGAAGUCAUCAUCCAGAGACUAGACAUGGAUGGCGAUGGACAGGUGGACUUUGAGGAGUUUGUGACGUUGCUUGGCCCCAAACUUUCCACAACCGGCAUCCCAGAAAAAUUCCACGGCACUGACUUUGACACUGUGUUUUGGAAGAUAUAUGUACUGAAGAUGCGUAUUUUCCCGUUUUUCAUGGUGACUGGAACUGCUGGUUCACACCAGGAGUGCGACAUGCAGAAGCUGACGGUUGACGAGCUGAAGCGGCUGCUGUACGACACUUUCUGCGAGCACCUCUCCAUGAAGGACAUCGAGAACAUCAUCAUGACGGAGGAGGAAAGCCACAUGGGGAAUGCAGAGGAGUGUCCGGUUGAUGUGGAGACCUGCUCAAACCAACAGAUCAGACAGACGUGCGUCCGCAAAAGCCUAAUCUGCGCCUUUGCCAUUGCGUUUAUCAUCAGUGUCAUGUUGAUUGCUGCCAACCAGGUGCUGCGAAGCGGGAUGAAGUAGCCACAGCUGGAAGGAUGGAUGGAUGGAUGGAUGGACGGAUGGACGGAUAAUUGGAGAGAUGGACUUCCUUGAAGAACAAAUGGAGAAAACAAGCUAUACAUAUCUAUAAAUACCUAUAGCCACGAGGGCCAGGGGUGGGGUGGGGGGAAUUGUGAUUCCUCCACGGCAAGCCUCCAGCACACACACACACCCAUAAACUCACCUCCCCUCCCUCCUGUAUUUGGAGGGGGGCUCCCCCUCCUUACCAGAGAUGCUGCUGUCUUCUCUCAGCAGAUAGCAUGGUCUCCCCCUGGGGUGGGUCCAGCUCAGUCCGGCUAGGGAGUCCCUGGAACCACCCCCUCCCCACGGUGGAACUUUUAAACUCAACUUUAAAAGCAUGUCGACGUGCAUGGAGACCCCACCCCACCUCCCAAAAUCUGAGUGAUGCAAUACCGUGUGCUUUUAUAACCAGAUAUUAGACUCCUACAAAUAUAUAUAUAUAUAUAUGAAAUUAUUAUUAUUCUUAUUAUUAUAUAUAAUAUACAUAUAUAUUUAUGAUAAACUGAAUAAUCAGUUAAGCAAUACACUUGCGUCAGGAUUUUCCAAUCCGAGAUUCAGGCGCUGCAUGAACAUUAAACACUCCAAGGGCUGGACACGAAUCACUUGCUGUUUGUAUUUUCAUCCGACCUCCCCCCCUUCCCAGCAGGCCCUUUGGGGCAUCUAUGCACUUUUUUCUCCCCACCCCCUACCCUCCCCCCCAAAAAAAAAUCUGGGAGGGAGGGGCUUACUAGAGCCUGCUUUAUGUGGACCUGGGGGUUGUUCAGAUGGAGGACGCCGGCCAAAGGUUGGCUUGCUCAGAGGGGUAACCACGCUUUGGUGUGGCCUCUGCAGCCGUUCUCUUCCCCACUGCAUGUGAACGAGCUACGGCAGGCCACACCAGGCGCAAGGAAAUCCCUUCUUCCUCCUCAAGGGGGCGCUGGGCCAGAAUGUUCCAGGAGACAUAAGAGUCUCCACCUCCUUUGUGCCCUGAGCCAUCCACUCACGACGGUGUCACAUCCUGUAUAUAUAUAAAAAAAAGGUGUCCAGAGAGCACCACUGACAUCACCAACUCCGCCAUCUUUCCAGCUGCAAAUUUCCCUUCUGCUAAGCCCAGUAUAAUGUCACCCGGCUAGAGGGGAGGUCUCUUUUCCAACAGUGUUUUGUCUUGAGGUGGAGACGUCUGAGUGAUGGAGAUAUCACUGCUAUUCCUGGGCAGCCUGCCCCAGCAGUUAACUAUUUCCCCUGUUGUU